GAGAGAGAGAGAGAGAGAAGGAAUGGAUCAUCUGCUGGGUCUCCUCAGAGUGCGGGUGGUGAGAGGGGUGAGCUUGGCCUACCGCGACGCCACUGGCAGCGACCCUUACGUCGUCGUCCGCAUGGGCGGUCAGAAACUGAAGACCAGUGUGAAGAAGCACAAUGUCAACCCAGUUUGGAAUGAAGAUUUGACACUUACAGUUUCAGAUCCUACUCAACCUGUGAAGAUUCGAGUUUACGACAAGGACACAUUCAGCCGUGACGACAAGAUGGGCGAUGCGGAGAUCGAUAUCGUGCCAUUCGUAGAGGCAGUGAAAAUGAACUUGUCUGAUAUCCCAAAUGACACCAUCAUCAAAACCAUGAACCCUAACAGGCACAACUGCUUGGCUGAAGACAGUGCCAUUGUGUGGAAAGAAGGCAAGGUGGUGCAAGACAUCAUUGUCAGGCUCAGAAAUGUGGAGAGUGGUGAAUUGGAGUUGCAGCUGCUGUGGGUUGACAUACCAGGUGCUCCAGGCUUUUAGGCUAUGGACUCUUUAACACAAGCCUCAACUCCCUUACCGACAAGUUUUGUAUCUCCUAAUUUAACUUGUUUUCCAUGGAUUGUAGAUAGCUUCAUGGCUUAUGGUCAAGGAUGAGAUGAAUGAGUCAAAUCCAUGUAAUGGACGAUUCUAUAUUUUUGUUUAUGGUGAAGGAUGGCCAUGUAAUGAACAAUGAAUAUUCCUACAAGUUUUGUACCACCUC